UGCUCCGGGUCCUUCUCUUGAGGAAGAAAGAUGGCGGCGUCCGUGCUGUGCAGGAGGACGGCGGCGUUGUGUCGUACGUUAACGGGAAUGUCGUCCUCUAAAACGGUUCUUCCUUCCAGCUGGCUUCUGCUGCAGACCGCGUCCUACAACCCGAAACCUCUGAAGCUCAACCUCCAUGAGCCGUACGUCCCAGACAAGGACAGCGAGAAGACGCCGGAGUGGCAGAAGACGGCCCGGUAUGACAGGAAGCUGUUCGGUCGGUACGGCUCAGCGUCGGGCAUCGACCCUGCGUCGCUGUGGCCCAGCCACGAGCAGCUGGACAAGAUGAUUGCAGAAGAAAAUGAGUGGCACCCUCCGUUAAAAGUAAUGCUGAAGAACAUCAAGGACAGGGAGAAGCAGGAAGCCGAACAACGGCUGGCAAAAGAGAAACUCAUAGCAGCCAACAUGGCCAAAAUGCCCAAGAUGGUAGCUGACUGGCGCAGAGAAAAGUCUGAAACCAAGCAGAAGCUAAAGGAGGAGAAAGCCCGCCGUGCAAAAUUACUGUCCGAAGCCAGAGAGCGCUUUGGCUACACGGUGGACCCCCGCAACAAAAAGUUCGUGGAAAUGGUUGCCGAAAUAGAAAAGGAAGAGAAGAAGAAGAAGAAACUAAUGAAACGCAGACUGAAAGAGAACCAGGUGGCAGCCCCCGUCACACCUCCUGCUGCCUCCUCGUCGUCUUAGACUGAGUCAUUUGAGACUUAAAUAACUGUUGGGCCUUGGUCUGUCUGUAUUUAAUGAGAUGGAAGGUAUGCUGCAUAACACAGCUCAGUGGAAUGGUUCUUAUAGAGCAUAGAAAGUCCUUGUUUUGUGUUACUGCAUCUGAAAUGACCUGGAAUGGAUUAAAUAAACAUUCAUUCAUGUUUUUUCUUCUGUAAAAAAAAUGUAUCCAUAGUUGUGUCAUAUUUGUUAAUCAUGUUAAUUUGACCUGUCACAAAAAUAAAUUUCUAUCUGUA